GUGAUUACAUUCAUGUUAUGGAUUUGGCAGCCGGUCACGUGGCGGCAUUAAAUGCUUUGCACAAACAGCACCUUAGGCUAAAGAUUUACAACUUAGGCACUGGCAAUGGCGUGACUGUGUUGGAAUUAAUAAAAACGUUUGAGAAAGUCACUGGUACUACCGUGCCAUAUGUUAUAAAGGAGAGAAGAGAGGGCGACAUCGUAUCCAUGUACGCUAAUACAGAUUUGGCAAAAAAAGAAUUAGAUUGGACAGCAAAGUACAACGUUGAGCAAAUGUGUCAGGACUUCUGGACGUGGCAAACGAUGAAUCCACAUGGUUAUCGAACUUCAUUAAAAAACGGAACUACUGAACACUUGAAUAAUACAUCGUAAUAACAAAUUGUAUCGAGAAAAUUUUGCAAAUAAUUUAUAA